AUGGCAGCGCCUAUGGUGACUGUCUUGGAAUCGGAAACUGAAGUAUCGACUAAACUCUGCGACCUAGUGGUUGACAAGGCAAACUCUGCAAUUGAAAAAGAUGGAAAAUUUACAGUUGGACUUUCAGGAGGAAGUAUGGCCAAGUUUCUGUGUAAUGGUUUACCCGGUAGACAGACAGACUGGAGUAAAUGGCAGGUGUUCUUCUGUGAUGAGAGACAUGUUCCAUACACAGAUCCUGAGUGUACCUAUACCAUCUACAAAUCUAAAUUAGUAGACAAUGGAGGACCACUUCCUGGAGAAAACAUAUUUCCUAUCAACCCUGACAUCCCAGUGGAAGAUGCAGCUAAGGAAUACAGAGAUAAGAUCCUGGGGGUAUUUGGGGUAGAUGCUACUCCUCGUUUUCACCUCCUCCUCCUUGGAAUGGGGCCAGAUGGACACACAUGUUCACUCUUUCCCAGUCAUUCUCUUCUACAGGUAAAAGAUGAGAUAAUUGCCCCCAUCAGUGACUCACCAAAACCUCCCCCCAGAAGAGUAACCAUGACUUUUCCUUUGAUAAAUAAUUGCCAGUGUGCUAUAUUUGCUUCGUGUGGAGCUGGAAAGGCAGACAUUGUAAAGAAAGUAUUAGAGAGCAAUGGUGGUGAUCCCCUUCCUGCUGCCAGAGUUCGUCCGACCAAUGGGGAACUGGUCUGGCUAUUAGACAAAGCUGCUGCCUCACAACUCAAAACACAGUCUAAUAUCUAAACAAAUCUCUGAUGUCAUGUCAGCAAAUCAAAACACAAUCUAUUAUUUAAACAGAUCUCUUAUGUCAGACACUCAAAACACAGUCUAAUAUCUAAACAGAUCUCUGAUGUCAUGUCAGCCAAUAAAACUUCAAAAUGAACAAACACUGUGUGCGAAAGUUGAGUGGAACUAAAAAGUUCAUUGUCCUCAUCCCUCUACACAUGACGUUCAGAGAGCAUUAGUGUACAUUUCUCUUUUGUCUUUUUAGUAUACACUGUACUGUGAUACAUGUAUUUAAAUUCCUUGUUACAAAAUGUACAUUUUAUUAAAAUAAUCUGUCACUACAUGUA